CCAUUAUACCAAUCAAUUCAUCACUCUUAAUCUCUCUUACCAAUCUACCAACAAACCGCAAAAAUGGUCCAAGGCUCAACAGCAACCGGCGAGAAGUACAAGCCUAGCGAGCACGGCGGCCGCCGUGAAGACAACCAGCCAGACAAGCGCACGCAGCAGCACCAGUUCGCCUACGGCAAAGUCGACCCGCACCAGGCUGGCCAUGAGGGCGGCAAGGUCGGCGGCCACGCUGGGGGCGUCGCGAGCGGGAAGGGCAGUGCGUCCAAGUACAACCAGCAGGGACAAGAGCAGCUCGAGGAUGAGGAGCCAGAAUAUGAGGAGUAAUUGUAUUUGUGUACACUAAAUAAUAUGUAUUGGCUAUUUUGUAACUAGGAAUCAAUAUUUGUUAUGGAGAAAAUAACAAAAUAUCAUAUUCCUAAUGUUUGCUCUU